AUGAUACCGAGCAGCAGGGUUGCCAGUCCGCCGAAGUCACUGCCAACAGUUACUGCCGCCAGCCGAGGAGCCAAGUGUCACCUGCUGCCGCCCAGCAAAGCCUCCCUCGAUUGGGAUUCGCCGAGCGGCCAAACGGGAACGGUAAAGCGUAGACCGAACUCGCAAGGGUCGAAGGAGGCGACGCCUACCACCACCUCACCACCACCGGCCGCCAUCUUAGAAUCCUGCCGACGGCAAUCAUUUACCAUUGAGAUAGAUAUAAAAGCGCAAACCGAACAGAAUGACUGCGAACGGGGUGAGGAGUUUCCUGCCGACAAUCAUUCCGCACCAGCGGACAAAGAAGCCAGUGUUCCUAAUCGAGGAAACAUGAAAAACGUCGGAGGUGCAAAACAGUCGAAAAUAGCUGUACUCCGGCAGAAAAAAACAUCCAAUCUACUAGCAAAAACAACGAACGACAAUAAAUCCCCAUCUCAGGUACAGCAAAAACUUAAAAACAACUUAAACCCUCCAAAAAAGCUAGUCAAACAAUCAACCAUCAGCGGUGGCACGCUGGAGCGCCGCGAGAAGCAAUCACCGAGCAGCGCAGCAUCCGGCGGCGGUGGUCGCAGUCAGAAAAAAGUUUCCUUCAUUCCUAGCCUGGCCGUCGUGGAAGGAGGAAACGGCGGACCGGCAGGGACCGGAAGUGCCUCAAUCAAAUCCAGUACGGUGAAAGCGAUUGUCCGUAGCCGGCAGCAUUCGCUCAGCGACACUGGCGUACAGUUUAAAGAACUUUAUCGCGAUUUUCCGGCAGCGCCGGUCCUGUCAGACGCGGAUCAAGUAAACACCCCACCACCGUUGCCACCGUACCGUGAGCCUCCGCCUGCUCCCUGUCCGCACCAGACCGCAGCACCUUCCAGCAACGACAAAGUGGAAGUCAUCCAGCAGGAUCUAAUUUCGAUGGAACCUGUCAGCAAGCAUGAAGACAUCGCACCGACGGUGAAGGAAGCCACCACCAGGUCCAAGCUCAAGGGAUUCGGUUUGAGUAAAUUAAUAUCGUCGGCCGGAUCGGGGGAAAAGAAAAGCAAUAAUUAUGUGACAUUGCCACCCUCGCCUAAAAUGAGCAAAAUGUCAUCCAAAAGUGGAACCGAGCUGCCGGCCCCACCGCCAACACCUCCUCCACCUCCGGCUCCGGAAUCACCGGAGAACGACUAUGCUUCAUCGGAUGAUAUACUUACGAAGCCGGAGUUUUCAUCGCUGUUGCUAAAGAAUCUCCCCGUCCGGCAGCGGAAAGGAACGGUUCCACACCUUGAGAAUUAUUGUUUAUUUGACCCUUCGGUGGAUUUCUUCAACGAAAAGGAGCACAAAAUGAGACCCAUUCCGGAGUCGGUAGAGCUAGCGGAUCCUAUUCUGUAUCAGAACCCGCUGAUUUACGACGCAGUCGACCGGGAUUCGGACAAUUAUUUUACACUGGAACCGGAUGGUUUCGAUGUGGAAGCAAAAAAUCGAUUGUCCCUAGAAAAAGUGGAGGAAAAAAUAGACGAAAUAUUUAAUAAGACACGAACCUCUUCAUCCUCCAGUGGUUCCAGUCCUGAUUAUCCGUCCAUGGUGAAUUCCGUCAUCGAAACGCCCUCGUCGAAUCUGGAAUCCACAGACGAAAGUGACUACGGUUUCCGAAAUCGGCUAAUAGACCAGCUGAAGGUGGUCCCGAAAUCGAUUUCCGGCUCUAUCAACGAAGACCAGCAGCAGCAGCAGCAGGAAUCCUCGUACUACGGCGUGGUAACGAAAACAGCUGUCAGCCAGUUCGAGCGCCUUCAUCAUCGCCAAUCAACGUCGCUGCCAAAUUCGCCCCUGCAGCAGAGGAAAAGUGAUGAAUCAUCAUCCUCGUCACCACCCUCCAGCACAAAGACAACGGAUUCGUCCUCGAACGAGGCAUCCUCCGCUCUCGGGACGCUCGGUUCGGAAGAACCGUCUUCCUUGAGUCCUCCUCCACCGGCACCACCUUCAUUCACCAAUCACCCUUCUUCUGCUUCUUCACUUUCAUCUUCGAAGGUGACGAAAAUUAAAUCAGAUCUGCCUUCCACCAUCGUCAGUAAGGUCAAUUUUCUCCCCCUCCUGUCCCAUCCGGCCUUUUCGCUUGACUCCCUAAAAUCCAGCAUCUCCCUGCCUCACUUGCAAAAGUCUUCCACCGGAGCAAUCAGCAAGAACAGUGUCCUCUCCCACCUUCAACCUUCCGCUGUUGGCACUGUGCGUAAUGGAUCGCUCGAUUCUACACCGUUGUUUAGCAGGUUGCGAAAGCAGCGCCCACUAUCCAGCCAUAGUGACGCCGAUAGCGGGUUUCUCAGUCCGGUUACUCCACCGGAGGCCACCGUAGGGCAAAGUAUUCAGAAUCAGAUCCUUGCGACGGAACGGCAACAGCAUCAGCAUCAGCAGCAUCGAAGCAGUAGCAGUGAUACCGUUGUUGUGCUCGAGCAGUGCGACAGCAUCCAGGAACUAAUCCAGAUCUACACGGACUGGGCCAACUACUACCUGGAGCGGGCCAAAUCGAAGAAGAAGGUCUCCGACCUGGCGGCGGACUGCCGCGAUGGGUUGCUGCUGGCCGAGGUCAUCGAAGCGGUCACCACGUGGAAAGUACCUGAUUUGGUGAAGAAACCGAAAACACCUCAACAUAUGUACGACAACGUCAACUCCUGUCUCAACGUAUUGAGACAGCACCAGGUUGGCGGACUCGAUUCCAUCACCGCAAACGACAUCUCCAGUGGUCGGCUGAAAGCAGUCCUGUUGCUGUUUUUUGCUCUAAGUCGAUAUAAACAACCGAUCCGGCAGAAAACAGCGCCAGUAGCGUAUAUCCACCAGCAGCAAACAACGAAAGUCGAAAUUCAUGCACCACCAGCCGACAUGACCAAUCGACAACUACCGGUGCCAUAUGCCAAACCUGGGGUCAAUGGCGGUACCGCCAUUCCGCAGCCAGCGACCGUUAUGGUCACCCGACGAUGCCCGCCGGAUAAAGUGAGGCCGCUACCGCCGACUCCGAACCAGCAGACGGGACUUCAUCCGGGCCUCCAGAAGCACUCGCUAGCCGGCAGCAUCGGCAGCGGCGGCGUCAUCGGCCCCGGCAUCGGAAGCGGCGGCAGCGGCAAUACUCCACUCGAUGGCAACAGCUGCCCCGGGAGUCCGCAGCAUAAUGGCACGGCGAUAAUAACGCAGAUCCCGAAAGGUGGUAGCAGCAGCCUACGGAUCCCGCAGUCUACGUGCAAAAUCCCGGCCAGUCCGUAUGCGACCCAAACCGGCAAUGGGAACCACAAUAACAACAUUAACAAUAACAACAACAACAACCACGUCGGUCUAAUCCCGAAUGGAAACGUUACCAACAUACCGAGUCCGGGACUAACCCACGUGGGAGGAGGAGGACCCGUUCAACAGAAACAGUCCAUGCUGGAAAAACUGAAACUAUUCAACAGUAGCAAAGACAAACAGGACAAAACUGCCAAAUCGACCAUUUCGAAACGAACCAGCUCGAGCAGCGGGUUUUCGUCAGCCCGCAGCGAACGAAGCGAUUCCAGCUUGAGCCUGAACGAAGGUCCCAUCGGUAGUGGUGGUGGUGGUAAGGUGAAGGAAUCGGCCAUCAAGAAAACGGACACUGCCAACAACAGUGGUGCCAAACUCUCAUCAUCCGUAUCGUCAUCAUCGAAAUCAUCAAAACUCAUCUCGUCGAAAUCGGGCUCCUCGAAGGACGCCGGCUCGAAGGUUUCGGGCAAACUGUCCGGCGACAAAGGCGGCAAGGCAAGCAAGGAACUACUCGAGACGCACAUUCCGAUUACACCGAAAUCGCACAAAAUUCCGACGGCCCUGACAACGUCGACCAACGGAAUUGCGGGCAAUCCGACGACCAAGACCGAAUCGAAACUGAAACCUGCCCCUGUGGGAGGAACGUCGCCGCCACCGUCAUCGUCGUCGUCGGGCAGCAGAAAACUUGAUGCAAAAUCCGAAAGUAAAACUAGUUUGCUGCUGAACCAGCAACAGUCGCAGGUUCAACCGCAAAUUCAGCCUCCGAAAACGAUGGUCGCUCCACCGUCAGUUGGCACUGGGAUUCCGAAACCGAUGGCCGCCGUUAAAGGAACGAGCAAACCGUCGCCGCAGCAGCUCCUGCAGGAAUACGGCAAACCGGCGAAGGACGAUCUGGCCAAACUGGACCGUGCGCUGACCGGAUUCGGAGCGGGUCUCCCGAACGGGCUGGGUUCGCCCCAGCAUCAUCAACCUCCGCAUCAAAACAACAUAUCAAACAACAACAGCGAACGAAUGCAUGUGGUGAAUCCGAUCAGCGUCAGUGGCAAUAAUAACGUUCCUGGAAGUCCUCUGCACAAGCAACAGCAGCAACAGAUUCCGAGCUGCAUGAGUGACAGCAUGCAUUCGAACUCCACGCAAGGUGCUUCCGUCGGUCAGCACUCCAAUUCCAGUGAAUCCAGCAGCGUCGUCUACCGGCCCAGUGGUUCCGAGAGUGGCUCCGAACAUCAUCCAUCCAGCAGCAUCAAUUCACCGCAAAAAUCCUCGCCUUCCUUCCUAUACAACGACGUCAAUUUAAACAACACCAACAACAACAAAUUCAACACCGUCCCGAACAAAAUCCUCAACACCGGCCAGCAACCGAACGGGACGAUCUACGAACAGGAGGAGAAGCAAAUCACCGUCGUUCCGAUGCGACCGCUGCUGCGCGGUUACAACAGCCACGUGACACUGCCGACGCGAGGUGCCCGCGGUCAUCACUUCAUAUCGGAGUACUGCGAGGAUCUGGCCGGCCAGGGCUACUGCAGCGAUGGGGACGCGCUGCGAAAGAUUCCCGCCCGCUACUCGGAUUCCAUCGAGAACGGUUACCUAUCGGAGGGUGGUGGCAGUGGCGGCAUGCUAACCACCUCCGCCGGACGCCAGCAGUACAUCAGCGCACUGCGCAAUCGAACGCCGCUGCCGACGACGAUCGAGGAAAGAUGUCGUAGCAGCCGAGGUGACAAUCUGGACUGUGUAGGCGAUAGUCCAACCGGAUCUACCAUGGACGGUAAACUGUCCCGUCCGAACAGUCAAGCUCCGAGCGGUCGAGAGUUCUGGGGCCGGCUACCGGAGCCAUCGGUAGCCCAUAACGGCCACGGCCAGCAACAGCACCCACCACAGUCGGCUGGCAGCAGCCAGCAGGGAUCACAACCGCCCAGUCCCACCUCCAGCCGGAAAGAUCGCAGCUCGCCGGGUCAUUCGAGGAAGAGCGGUUCCUCGUCGAAAAUCGCCAGCAGCCGGACGAAAGGUGUCCCGCAGAGUUUUGGGUACGUCAAAAAGACCAACGGAGCUGCGAUGCACGGCGUUGAUCAGCAGGGCCAAGCGCUGCUGACCGGAGGUCGCACGGCUCACGUUUCUGCAGUGCCAAGAACUAGCAAGCUAAAAGUCUCCGGCGGAACGCAAACUACGACGGCAGAUUUUCAAGCCAAAAAUCAACAACACGCCCAGUAUCGUAGUUUUUCCCUGACCGGCCCGGGGGCGGCUCAACUAAGUCAAUCGGUCAAAGAAAGGUUUGGUUCGGGAACGCACAGUUUGCCAAAGCCCGGUUUAGAUAUGCAUGUCUUCCAACAUAGAAUGUCCACACGCGGAUCCACUAAGCUAAACGACGGUAGCCUUAGCGAUACGCAAACCUACGCCGAAGUGAAGCCCGACUACAGUAGCUAUGCGAUGUGGCUCCGUCACUCGAGUACGGCCUCGAGCCGGCUCUCCGAGGGCGAUUCCUUGGAGAGUUUCUCGCUCGGAUCCGGCGGCGGCGGCGGUGGUGGUGGUGGAGGUUGUGGCAAUGGGAUGGUUGCAGGUGGAACCACCGGUUCCGGCGGCUCGGGCAUCCCCGGUGCCAGCCGGCCGAACAAACUGCUGCACCAUGCCCGCGGCGAAACGCAACCCGUUAUGCACCACCACGGGGCCGCCACGCACAGCCCCCGGUUGAACCGAAGCAAUAGCAUAAGCUAUUUGAAAGAAAGGACCUAUCCCAGGUCCACCAAAUCAGAAAAGAUGUAUCCCUCGAUGCUGAGCCGAGGACCGGACGUGGAUAUCGAGCCGUACUACUGCCUGCCGGUGGGCAGCGUAGCAGCAGGAAACGGAAUGGUUCCCUGGAGUCAACCGACCUCGCCGACGCCGCCCGCCCGCGGUUUCGGGGGCUUGCUGUCGCCGACGCACACCAACGCCUCCCACCGGCUAACGUACCCGAAGAAGAACGAUGAAGUGCACGGAAGCCAGGCGUCGCUGCUGUCCGGCGGUUCGUCGCUGUACGGAUCGGCCGAGGAACGACAAGCUACGGAGGUGCGACGGCUCAAGCGGGAACUGGCGGACGCCCGGGACCAAGUAAUGAGCCUAUCCAGCCAGCUGUCAACAAAUGCCCAUGUCGUGGCGGCUUUCGAGCAAAGUUUGUCCAACAUGACCCAGCGGCUGCAGAUGCUAACGGCGACAACGGAAAAGAAGGAUAGCGAAAUAUUGGACAUGCGUCAAACGAUUGAACUGCUGCGGAAGCAAUCGAUCCAGGCUGGCCUAACUACCGCCCAUAUGCAGAGUAUGGGCGUACAAGUUAACGGACAGGUCAAUGGAAAUGGAAAUCCAGAACAGACGACGACAGCGCCACCACUGCCACCGGGGGCGGAAAUGCAAAGGCACCAUAGCUCCGACUCUAUGUGCUCGUUGAAUUCUGUCAGCUCAGGCUGUUCGGCUCAGGACAAGAAGAAAAAGAAAGGAUGGCUGCGAAGCUCCUUCACGAAAGCAUUCUCCCGCAACGCAAAAAUCUCCAAAACAAACCGUCACAUCAGUCAGUCUUCGAACCUUGACCAGCCGACGGCGACAACAGGGAACGGACACACCCACCACCAUCAUCACCAUCAUCACCACCAUCACGGCAACAACAACAAUAAUGGUGAUCAGAAGUCCCUGUCCGGUAGUGGAAGCGAAAAACAAUCCGGAAAACUAGCGUCGAACGCACAAUUACCGCCUGCAUCGCCAACGAAAAAUGGCAGUCCGCUCAAAACGGUCACGUUAGUGGAAAACGCGAAACCAAUCGACGCCAUCGAGCUGAACGGUAAUCCGGUGGUGGAAGAUCUGAAAAAACAACUGCGCGAGAAGGACCUCGUCCUGACGGACAUCCGCCUGGAAGCGCUAAGUUCCGCUUCGCAACUGGAAAGCCUAAAAGACACCCUAAUGAACAUGCGUCAGGAGAUGAUGAGCCUGAAGCAGAGCAACGAAAGACUGCAGCGGAUGAUGACGACCCGCUCGCUUGCGGGCAGCGAGGUCUCGCUCGGUCAGGUCAGUCCCAGUGGUUCGAUGGGUGAACCGCGCCGGUACAGUCUAGCGGCGGACAAUGGCAUUUCCCGAACGCCACUGGAACUGCCUCAGAACCUGGACGAAACGGAAGAGGACAAUAUUCCACCGGCGCCAGCGCCGGAACCUCCUCCAGCUCCACUAAGCCCCGCCAUAAUCGCUGAACUCUCCCCGACGAUCGAACGAGCCGCGAUGGUCAACGAGAUGCUAACCACCCCGGCGGAAGACGUUGCCGAUCCGGUAGAUGGGAAGAAAAUUGCCAUCGCCGUCUAUCUCGGACAGCCGGAAUCUUUUGCCAAGUAUGCGGAAGAAAUGAACGAAUGUGAUAACUACUACCACUCUUCGAUCGAUGGAGAAGACAUCGGAAAAUCGGCAACCGAAAACGGAGAUCGGAGCCGAAAAUCGUUCUCGGGCCAACCCGAUAGUAGCUCUGCUAGUCCAAACGAGUUCACCUUCGCCUACACGUAUAUUUCCGGGAAAACAACGUGGCAAAACUUAGACUAUAUUGUGAGGAAGACCUUCAAGGACUACUUGGGAAAAAUCGAUCCGGGUACAAACCUAGGUUUAAACACCGACUCAAUCACAUCCUAUCAUCUGGGUGAAGCCAAGCGAGGCCCUGAGAUGGGAUUCCCAGAGUUGCUGCCUUGUGGCUAUAUAAUCGGAAACGUUAGAACCCUGUACAUUUGCCUUCAGGGCGUCGGUAGUUUAGCUUUCGAUAGCUUGAUUCUGCGGAACAUCGUUCAUCGGUACAUUUCGUUGCUUACCGAGCAUCGGCGGCUUAUACUGUGCGGUCCCAGUGGCACAGGAAAAUCGUAUCUGGCACGAAAGCUGGCAGAGUUCCUGGUGGCCCGGUCCGGGCGGGAUAACCCUGCGGAGGCCAUAGCCACCUUCAACGUUGACCACAAGAGCUCCAAAGAACUGCAGCAGUAUCUCGGCCAUAUCGCCGAGCAGGCAUCCAUGUCCGAGGGUGCUGUAGAGGAACUGCCAGCUGUGAUAAUUCUGGACAAUCUGCACCACGCGUCCGCGCUCGGGGAUGUGUUUUCCUGCCUGCUGAGUGCCACCGCCGCUAAGCUGCCGUGCAUCAUCGGGACGAUGUCGCAGGCCACCUGUAAUACCACCAACCUGCAGCUGCACCACAACUUUCGAUGGGUGCUCACGGCAAACCACAUGGAACCGGUGAAGGGUUUCCUCGGUCGGUAUCUGCGCCGGAAGCUGUUCACCAUGGAGCUUCAAUCGCAGCAAUCCCAACCGCAGCUUGAGAAGGUUCUGAAAUGGUUGCCAAGUGUUUGGCAGCACAUCAACAGCUUCCUCGAGACGCACAACUCCAGUGACGUUACCAUCGGGCCACGCCUGUUCCUGUCCUGUCCGAUGAACCUCCAGGACUCGCAGGUAUGGUUCACAGACGUCUGGAACUACCACCUGGCGCCCUAUCUGAUGGAUGCCGUACGGGAGGGCGUCCAGCUGUACGGUCGCCGGGGCGGAACCUGGGUCGAUCCGUGCACGUUCAUCCGCGAAACGUACCCGUGGCCGAUCGGACCGACGACGGUGCCCCAGUUGCGCCAGAUCACUGCCGACGACGUUGGCCUGGAGGCGAGCGCUCCGGUCAACUCCGAAAACCAGGACCCACUGAUGAACAUGCUACUGCGGCUGCAGGAAGCGGCCAACUACAAUGGCAACCAGGAGCCGGACUCCGACUGUGCCAGCUUGGAUUCGAACAUGACGCACGACAGUUCAGCCGGAGUGGACUAAGGGGAAGACAGCGUUUUAUUAGCCAAAAAAAACAGAAUCAUACUAAAACUUAGAGCGCUUGCCAGAGACGUGGGGAAAGAAGGGAAAUUUUUACACUUCAAGGGAGAGUCGGGCGAUCGGUUGUAGACUUAUACAAUAAUGAAAAAAAAAAUGCUACAGCUAUUUACAGACAGAAUUUUUGGGAACACUUUUUUCGGCCAUCGGCUGGCAGAAACGGAAUUUUUGGUAGGAGGAAGGAUGAACAGCAGUGAAGAGGAUAAUGUAGUUAACCACUUGAAAUGUUCCAUGUCAAAAAAAUCAGCAGAUUUUAUUUUUUGGCAGUCGGUUCUUACAUAAAUUAAAGUCCUUGUUAAAUUAUUAUCCUCUGCCGGUAGGUAGGGUAAAGCGCGCCUGUGGCGCGACGCGGCGGAAGCAUAAAGGGAAAGAUUACAAAUUCAUUUAAUUAAUGAUGGACACAAAAUUGCUACACCGAAAUGCACAGGACACACAGGAUUCGCAUAAUCAAUUUCCCGCGCCGCCACAGUUCCACGCCUGGCCUGGCAUGCCGGUCCGGUCAUAGAGCGAAGCGAUCCGUACCAUAUAGUCGAAGAGUGUAAUUAAAUUUAAUUGUGCUUCAAUAUCUGUCAAGUGGUACCUAUAGUGGUGCUUACGAGCCGUAUGUUUACUCGACUGGCAAAGUUCGGGAAGUGUUGAUUACCUUUGCCGAUGGGUUUGUGGGAAACAAAGGAAAAAAAUCGUAUAUAUUAAUAUCGCUAUCGGUUGGCUUAAUUUUCUCACUUCAAUGUUUUAAUUUGUUCGAUUUUUUUUCUCUCUCCCUCCGCUAUCUAUAUAAUGCUCUAAUUAAAUUGUUUAUUGGAAUUGAAGGUUUAUUGUUUGCGGGGACGUUGUGAUAAUUAAAUUUUCAAACUAUCUAUGGGAAUGUUUUUGCCAGCAAUUUAGGAGAUCAUUUUUAAUCACAUAGCAAAAACUGCUCGAUGAAAUGACAUGGAAACAAACAAAGCCAAAGCUGAAACUAUUUGAUUUGUUAGCCUGGGCUACAACUGAACUGGCAUUUUUCCAGCGCAGCGAGCAUUAUUUUACUCGCCUAAUGCACAUGUUUUCCUUCCACCCACAGUGUGUAGUAGACAUUUAGGCGCAGUCGAAUCUUUUACUCUCGGCUUUCGUGCUUGCGGAUGCUCUAUCCUACGUAGCAUGCUGUGAUUUUUAAUUUUCGUUCCUUCCAAAUGACGGAUGGCGAGUUUGAAGUGUUUUACAAAUUUGGAAAAUUAGUGGUUUUUUACGAGCGAAUUUUGAUUAAAAGUGGAACAAUUUGAAUUAUCGUAGAGAAGAAUCUGAAUUGUGUGUGUUUCUAAUGUGAGUGUAAGCAAAGUAUCUUUACUCUAAUCAUGUAGGAAAACCGGCACGAACUUUGGGAUGAAGUUUGUCGUAAGUUGACUUCUUUUUAUUUAAUUUUACGAUUGUUUAUGUAUUCACUUGACAGAUAUUUUUACUAAGAAGCAAUUUCACUUUAAUAUGGUACACGAAUUAAUCUUAAAAUGGUUUAAGUGGUUAACAAGCAAUAGCUCAAAUAAAAUUAUUUCAUACUGCGACUGCUCAUCUAGAUUUUUUUCCGUUUUACUGGAAAUAUCCACAGCGUCAGAGACAAAAGAAACGAAACCGGAAACAAUAAUUAAAACGUGGAGUAAAGCUCCGCGCAGUAGUGCUUGUAGGUAAACGAAAAAUCCCCCUUGUAAGUGAAACUAGCGCACGUGUUUGUAGAGAAUCCUGCCCUUUUCCCCAAAGCAAAAACUUAACCUCGGUGUCAGAAGCUAUUUUUGGACGCUAGAACCGAAAAUCGAACUGAGAGCAAACUUUAUACAACAACUGUACUAAUUUUGUUAGCUAUUAAUUCGGUGUAAACACCUAAGAAAUAAAAAAACACUUGUUAGGCUGUAAAUAUACAACAAAAAAACAAAAAAACAAAACAACAACAACAAACACAUACACUAAAAUCGAAGAGUAAAAAAAACAAACAAAUAUACUUACCACAUAGCCGCAUAGGAACUGUUUAGCUAGAUAACUGAAUUAAUCAGACGGGAAAAAAUCGCGAUCACCUUUCACACGUUAGACAAAUGAUGUAUCACUCGUACACGUAUCUCACUGUAUGUAAUAAGUAUGUAGAUUUUAUAACGCAUUGUAGAGUUGCUUCAAAAGCUUUAACAUAUUUCGCGCUUAUACACAUCAAACGCCAAUAACGGAAUAUUUUCCUCCUUCUCUUGUCAUGGUCACUCAUCCUUAUUGAUUACCUGCAUAACUUAUUCUCUCUCGUCUCUACACCAGAAAAUACGGCGAAAUCGCCCAAACCUUUUCCAUCGCAUUUAUUCAUAUUUAACAUAUAAUACGAUUACAUCUAGCUAUGUGUUUGGAAAUAUACAAAACAAAAAUGAUAACAACUUUUUUGGAAAAGUUAUUAUCAUCAUCGGGAUGAGGAGUAAUCACAAAAGCAUGCUUAAACAGUAAUCAAACUUCCCAAAGAAAAACCAGAGCUAGGUUUCGAUUUCGAUUCCAUUGCCUUACCGAUACUACCUACUCAACAUUGGAAAACCACAACAACAGCAGCAAAAAUCAAGGCAAGAAAUCAGCAAACAACAUUUGCUCGCAAUUGACUGCAGCAGUACGCAAAACCCCUGAUUGCAAAUGCGCUCUUUGCUGCUAACCUAUGGCUUAACUAUAAAUAAAGCAGCCUCAGAACCAGACAAAAUCAGUUGUAAUAAUCUAAUCCGCUGUAAAACAUGCCAAUUCAAGUACUAAAAACGACUCACACGCACUUACAGGCGGAAGAAGAAAAAUAAACUGAAAGUAAUGCUAUUAUUAUGAUUAUUACCUAUUAUUAUUACUAUAAUUAUACACGGAAGAAAUGAGCAGCAGCCAAAAAAAGCAAAACAAAAAACAAACUAACAAACCCUUUAGUGAAUGCUGAC